UAUUAUUAUUACGGACCUCUAAUAAAACCACUGUAAAUAAAACGCCAUUAAUAGGAGUCGCCUGUAAAUCGAGUUUUCUGGUCGUACUACCGAAACGCGUUCUCUUGGCGUGACGCAAGUUUCCCAUCUGUCAUUUUCGCUCGAGCCCCCUUCCUUUUACUUUUAAACUGUCAUGUGGGGACAUUUGCACAGAGUCCUGCUCCGGUCAAAGUGUGUCCACAGGUCGGCUUUUCUCUCCAUCAGCGAUGCUGGCUCACAUUUUACACGCUGAGCCCCGGAACAACUGGAGGCAGGCAGCCCGACGUGCGCAUUUUGGCUUUUAGCAGAGGAACACAUGAUUUGGACAGAGAAGACUGACAGCCUUGCCUAGCACCAGGCCACUGAUCAGCCAUCUCCACCAGCAAAUUGACCCGCUCUUCAUCACCAGCCUCACAAGCAUUUUCAUAAAAAAAAAACAAAAAAACAAAAAACCAUCAUCUAACUGUGACAUCAGUUGCAAGGGGAUGACCGAGCGCAUUCAUAACAUCAAUCUCCACAACUUCAGCAAUUCUGUACUUGAGACCCUCAAUGAGCAGCGAAACCGCGGGCACUUCUGUGACGUGACCGUUCGGAUCCAUGGAAGCAUGCUGCGAGCUCACCGGUGCGUGCUGGCCGCUGGAAGCCCGUUCUUUCAGGACAAGCUGCUCUUGGGCUACAGCGACAUCGAGAUCCCCUCUGUGGUCUCAGUGCAAUCCAUCCAGAAGCUGAUUGACUUUAUGUACAGUGGAAUUCUGCGGGUUUCUCAGUCAGAAGCGCUGCAGAUCCUCACCGCUGCCAGCAUUCUGCAGAUCAAGACCGUCAUCGAUGAGUGCACCCGCAUCGUGUCCCAGAAUGUGGGCCUGGCUGGUCCAGGGGGGUUCCCUGUGAUUCCAGGAGAUUCUGGCCAGGAGACACCCCGUGGCACACCAGAGUCUGGCACCUCCGGACCCAGCAGUGAUGCAGAGUCAGGCUAUAUGCAAGUAACAUCACAGCAAAGUGUAGAUCGUACAUACACAUCCCUGUACUCCUACCCCGGCCUGUCUCUGCAGAAUGGCACCCGAGAGCGGUCACUUUAUGUUAACCCCCUGUCAGCAAAUUAUGAUCCAAGCAAUCAGAAGGACCAGCAAUCUCAAGAUCCGCCCUGGAUAAACCGCAUCCAGGAACGGUCCCAGCAGGUGGAACGCUUCAUGUCCAACGCAGAGUCCACUCACUGCCGCAAGCAACCACGACCGGUACGCAUCCAAACAGGAGGGAUGCACAUAAAGCAGGAGGCCGAAGACGAGUUCACCUGCUACGACAUGGGGGACUGCCAAGAUGACACUGACCACAACGAGGGUGUGGAGGGCGAAUCCAAGGUUGAAAACUUUGACUCAGGGGUCAGCUCCUCCAUCAGCACAGAGACGGAUACCAUGGAGCAGCAGCCGUACCUGACAAGCUUCAGUCGAGACGCGGUUGGGGAAGGGCAGCAAGGCAUCGAAGGAGUUCCAGUGCAGAUAGAGGUCAGCGACUCGUCCCCAGAGCGGAUGCAAAAGACGGAGGACGGGGACACUUCCCACAGCACUAGUGACAGUAGCAUGAUGCAGCCUCUGCCAAACUCAGUCAAACUCAGUCCCAUGUCCCAGUACAUGCGCCAGAUAGAAUCACACACCAGCAACCUGAGGAUGCCGAUCACCGUGCCCAGCAAUUCCCAAGUGAUGGGCACCGCCGGAAGCACCUUCCUGCCCACACUCUUCCCCACGCAGCCGUCGAGAGACCACAAGCCUUUCCUUUACCUUCCUGGCCAGCAGCAGCCCCAGUUCGUGGCAGUGCCGCCGCCCGCAAUGCCAUCAUUCCCGAACCCCAUGUCGGUACAGCAGGCUCCAUCUCAGCAGCAGCAGGCUGCAGGAGGGAUCGGUCCGGGUGAAAAGAAGCCCUAUGAAUGCACUCUCUGCAGUAAGACCUUUACUGCCAAACAGAAUUACGUCAAACACAUGUUUGUCCAUACUGGUGAGAAGCCUCAUCAGUGCAGCAUCUGCUGGCGCUCGUUCUCCCUGAAGGAUUACUUAAUUAAACAUAUGGUGACACACACAGGGGUGCGCGCCUACCAGUGCAGCAUCUGCAACAAGCGUUUCACCCAGAAGAGCUCGCUGAACGUCCACAUGCGGCUGCACCGUGGAGAGAAGUCCUAUGAGUGCUACAUCUGCAAGAAGAAGUUCUCACACAAGACCCUGCUGGAGCGCCACAUGGCCCUGCACAGCAACGCCAGUGCCAUCACGGGGCUGUCUGUUAGUGUGGGCACCCCGGGCCCGGUCUCCAUCCCGAUGCCGAUAGCCGUUCCCGAGCCCGGAGCCGGAGUUGUGGCCCUCGCCAUGCCAGUGAGCGGCGGCGCCGGAGUAGGGGCCGGGGUUGGAACGGGAGUGGGUGUAGCUUCUGAAGCAAGCUGCCAAGAAGGGACCACCUACGUGUGCUCCGUCUGCCCUGCCAAGUUCGACCAAAUGGAGCUCUUCAAUGACCACAUGCGAAUGCAUGUCUCCGAUGGAUAAGUACAAAUUAAAAAAAAAGAAACUUAUUUCUGAAAGAAUGACAAAUACAAUGGCACUAGAUUUUCCUUUUCUUAUUUUGAGGUAUGAAGAGUAAUGAGUAUAGACACUGGCACAUUAAGUUUCCCCAAAAAAAAGUUUUCUUUUUUUUUUUUUCCUGUUAUUCUAAAAGAAAAAAAGAUGGUGGCCUUAAGGCUCAGUGGUUUGAUAUUGAUCUACUGGAUGGAUCCAAACUACGGGCCUCUAAAUGUAUGCUUUCCUAAAAUACUGAUUUAUGUGUUGAACACUACCGAAAGGCCUACGAAAGAAACACAUACACACAAACACACCUUUAGUCUAGAUAUGUCUGAAUGACUUUAAAUGAGCAAAUAUGUUUGAAUGUUUGUGAUUUUUGCAUAUAAGUCUGUCUCUUUAUUUGUCCAAGUUUGUGCGUGUCAGCGUGGGCGUGUGUGUGUGUGUCUGUGUGUGUGUGUGUAUGUGUAUUGCUAUGACACAUGAAUCAUGGCAGUUGUGAAUCCAUAUUGACCAGUUUGGAAACAUAGAUGUCCAAGCUUACUGUGGUAUAAUUUUAAACAACGAUAACAAUAAAAGACAAAAACUGAAGAAAAAAAAAACCUGGGGUUGGGCUACAUAUUCCCUCUAAAAAUACUGAGAGUCACAAGAUUGCCUUCUUAUAUCAAAUAAAAAAGGAGAGUACUUAAUUUGACACUGGGUUUUAUUUAUUCCUGUUUUAUUAAGGGAUUAUAAUGCAGCUGUUGUCAAGGUACCAAUAAUUUAAUUAUUUUACUUAAUUGUAACCUCCCGUCCAAAGCGAUGGGGAAAGUGAUUAUUUCUCACCUGUUUUAUGAUUAUUGUCCAUGAAUUUUGACGGUCAAGAUAACGUUUACUAAAUUUUUGUGUGCUGAUGAGACAGUAUUUGAGCAAAAAUAUGUUUCCUUUUAUUUUCCUGGAGUUUAGAGUUUAUCUCAUUUGCAUACACUGCCUUUUUAAUAUCCUAAGACUGUUAAGGCUACUCAGAUUUCUUCCACUGCAAAACAUACGAAAAAAUGGAAGAGUCUUCUGCUGACGGUUGUGUGUGUGUUUUUUAGCCUUUUUCACAGUUAAGGCAGGCUGGAAUAUGGGACUAAACUCUCUCCUUCAUCAUUGCUGCUCCUCAACCUGCACCCGACUGUUAUGGGAUAUAGAUUUAGAGAAAAACAAAAAAAAGGAUUUGUCACUUCAACUAUUGUUGUUAUUGAGUAGCCUGUUUGGGUUUAAUCUCAUAAUUGAAUUACAGUUUCGCGGGGAGGGGGUCGGCCGGUUGCUGAUUGGAUCGGUGUUGUGAAAGAUGGCGCAAAUUAAUUUAGAGUCGGACUAAAAAGCAAAAUAAUUGCCGCCCUGAACCUAGAACGCCUGUGUAACCUGUUCAUUACGAUUGCGGAGCUAUUUCAGCAGGUGGGAGCUGAGUGCAUUACUCUUCGUGCAUUCUCUCUCUCUCUCUCUUUUUCUCUUUCUCUCGCUCGUCGAAGGCUCAAAUGGCAUGCAACGUUUUGAAAGGAAAUACAGUCUGAAAGCAAAACAAGUAGCUCCCAUCAAUCGAUAGCACGCUGUUUCAUGAUAUACCACAAGCUGCAGAUGGACUGUGUGGAAAAACAACAUACAUUCCCAAUUUUCUCAAACACCAAGACACAGCAUGUGUAGAGUAGAUGUGAAAGCUUGUGUGUUCAUGUUGUCUCAUUCAUGCAUUGCGCUACUUAAGGUUUAUUACAGAUAUUUUUAAAAUUCUUUUACAUUUAUUUUAUAUCCAAAAUAGGUCUCUCACACACACAUGUGUUUAUAUAUAUAUAUAUAUACACGCACACACACACCCCCACACACACAGAAAAACACAUGCACACGUGCAACUGCCUGCAACUGCAACCUGAAGGAUUUGCUUCUUUAAAAGCGAGCAAAAACUUUCGGUAGUUGUACGAUAAAGCGAGUAACUAACUGCAUUCAGGGAAGUCUUCAAAAGACCUCCUGUCAGUUCAGAAAAAAAGUGCUAUUUUGCACAUUUUCUUAAAAUGCCUGUGCUUAAUAUUUAAUCGUUUUCCUUAAAUGAACUUUCUUUUAUUCAAUUUCAAAGGAAAAAAAAUCUUCUUUUUUUUUUAUCUUGAUAAGUGGACUGCAUUAUUUUCUUGCAUAUAUGUUGCACUGCUUAAACCAAUAAGUGCACUACUGUUAACAGAGAUAUAGUUUUAGAAAAGAGAUUUUUUUUUCUUUUCUUUUUUUUUUAAGAGUUCACAUGAAUAGUGGUGUUUCAACUUUUGUUCAUUUAGUAAACUUCUCAAUUCUCGGCUUUUGUUAUGGCUUGCUGUUACCUUCAGUAUAUUCUCGUGCCGUGUUAAUGCAAGCAUUUAUUUUAUUUAACCAUUGUGUGUGCUCAUCUAUGUUUAAACCUUUGAAAUAUUCUAUCGUGUCAGUUCCCUAUAAGAAUUUAUUUGAUUUCUUUUUCUUUCUUUUUUUUUAGAAACAGUGCAGAAAUUUCCUAUGAGAACAUCCAAGCCAAACAUCAUUAACAGUGAAACAACGACAGUAAUAAUAAAGAACCUCUCGUCCAAGUCUGUUGGCGGAAGUAAUAUUAUAUUAUUAAUAAUAGAUUUAUAAUAUGUGUGUAUGUGUGUAAAUGACGUGUGUGUGUGUCCUGGAAAAAAAACAAACAACAACUUUCUGUUGUGAUGGAGUGCAGCUUCUUUGAUAUCAGUCCGUCACUAGUGCACAGUCGUGUCUCUUUACUUCGGUGUUCGUGUGUCAGUGAGCGUCUGUGUGCGGUAAAUAGCCUAAUCAAAUUGUUGAUAAGUGGAAUAUCUCAACUGUAGGGCUUCCUUUGCAAUAUGCAGCGCAGGUACUAUAAGAAAACAGCUCUCCAAACCUUUUGGGCUAAUAAGGCACCUAUAACAAUUCCUUAGCUUAGGCCAGCUGGCACGCAUCCUGCUCCAGCUUCUUUUAGCUUGAUGAAAGAAAAAAAUACUUGUGAGAACAGAUCUUUGAAAGUGUGUGGUUGGUCCUCAGUAAAAUUUGCAUGUUAUUGAACAUUUGAUUGGGCCUGUCUCUAUGGUGUGCAUAAAAAAAAAGCCUAUGAAGUGUAUGGUUCCUAUUCGUAGCUGUUGUUGCCUAGUUGGCAAUAUUGCUGCAUGCUAGUGCUACAUUUGUCUCUACACAACACGUGGAGGGUUAAAUCUCAUGCCUUAACAGACAAUGCACUAAAUAGAAAUAUGUAAGCAACUGCCGAGGUCUCUUUCCAACAGUAUCGCCACUCUUAUGGCACAACGCAGCUCGUGAUGUUCGUCGUCUGUUCAAGUUCCAAACACUGCCAAACUAACAUCAUCACUUUUUCCAACGAAAAGAAAAAAAAAAGAAAACAAAAAAAGGAAGAAAGAAAGGCAGAGACAGAGAGUCAAACUGUUUUGGUGUAGUGGGUGUGUUUCGGUGAUCCAACAUUCCUUCAUGGCACCUAAAUUUUUACGUACGUGUUUUUAUGUGAACACCUAUAUCAAAUGCACUAUUGACUGUAGCUAGAUGAGUACAACCAGCCUUGUGGUAUCAUUGGUCUAAAUAGUAGUAGCUUGGUGUUGGUUUUUGAAAUGUUUGGUUUCACAAUUACACUAUGAGUUCUUUCUUGAUCACUUAUAUUUAAUUCUUUUCUUAUUUUGUUUUUGGAAUAACAAAAGUAGCCAAUCUUCAUGUGACCUGGGUGAGGGCUAGAACUUGUCCCAUUGCUGGUUGAUUUCUUGUAUCAUAAGGUGUUUGAUAGGAGACUAGGUUUGGAAAGGAAGGAACCUUUUUGCUCCAGUGUGUCAUGAUGUGCUAUAGCAUACGCCCCAUUUCCCCUUCCCCUUGUUGCAUUAGCAUCACGUGUCCUUCACUGUCCAUAGUUAUAUAUUCCUUAGAUUACUUCGGCUAAUUGUGGUGGUGCUUAAUUCUUCUCUCGGUUGCAAAAAGAGUUAACUUUUAGUGCUUUGCGAAAGUUGUCGUGCCCUUUAAACCUUUUCACAUUUCCUCACAUUACUACCACAAACUGCAACAAAAUUUUCUGGGAUUUUAGGAUAGACCAACAGAUGGUAGUGCGUGACUGGGUAGUGAAGAAAUAAAUUAUACAUGGUUUUCAAAUUCUUUCAUAAAUAAAAAUCUGUGAGUGUUGUGUGUGUGUGUUAGGGUUUGGUAUUUAUUGCAUCUUUAACCAUUUUAGAGACAUUUUUUAACCAUCAUUUUGUCUUGAUAACGGAAAACUCUAAUAAUUGCAAACUCCAAAAACUUAAUAGUUUGUUACCUUUUUAUCACCGUUGGUUCCUUGAGAGCAUCAGUAAAAAUCUGUUUAUUUAUAAGUAUGAAUACAAGUAAUUAUUGAUACAACUGCCUUAAUUAAUGCCGUAGUGUAAGAAAGUUGUCUGAUAAUGGGUAAGUUUUAUUCUUAAGAGAGAUUUGUAGCAGUUUUUCUAGGAAGUAGCAAACAGUAAUGGUCAUAAAAUCUAUUGCCAAAAAAUAGAGGUAAAAUUGAAAAUCAAUAUUUACAUACUUUUUAUUGUCAUUUUUGUAAAAUUUUCCAAAGGAGUUUCUGUCCAUAUUGCCUGUCCUUAGUGUGCAGGUACAUCCGGCUCCAUUAAGUCGAUGUUUUGUUGAACAACUGGGAAUGAAAUUUAGUGUAAUCUUUGUUGCAAAAUAGCUGAAAGCACUCAUAGGAUUACUCUCCCUGGUUCAGCUACAUGUGGACAAUCCACUGAUUCUCAAUUUAAUUUAGAUUAUGACUUUGACUGGUCCAGUUCAAAACACAAAUAUGCUUUAAUAUAAACAAUUCGGUUGAAGCUUAGAUUAUGUUUUUACUCUCAUUGUCCAAAACCUCUGGAUUUGGCUGGAUUUUUAAGGCGUCGCUGUAAUGAAUAAAAGGUCAUGUGACAUUUAUUUUCUUCUGCUUCACAAUACUACACUACCUUGUGUUGGCCUAUCAAAUAAAAUUCCACAAAAAAACCCAUAAAGGUUUGUCAGUUUAAUGUGUGAAAAUCCAUUCAGGGUAAAGGGCAAUAAAUACUUAGCAAGGCAUUUUAAAAGUUGUUGCAACAUUAUCCUGAAAGUUAUUCCUCGUUUCCUCAAUCGUGCUUCUUAUAGUUGUAGGUCUAGACCUUUCUGUUCGCGACACGCUCGCAUAUUCUCCAGAACGAAAAAAAGAAAAACAUGUUGAAAAAUAGAUGAUAGCCUUGAGCCUGCAGCCGUUUGUGUUGUGUUUGAAAUAUAUUCCUGUUUGUUUUUGUUUAUAUUAGCGUAGAGACACGGGGUCUACAGUACAUUGUUGUCCUUCUUGCAGUAAGUUUAAAAUUUCACUGUUGAAGUCGAUUAUUUCAGAACUCUUCCUGCUUCUCUGGUGGUCAUUGUGGUGUUGUUCAUAGCAUUUUGCGUGGCUGAAUUAAAGGAGUAGUCUGCUUUUUUUUUUUCCUACCGUGUACUUAUAUAUCCAUGUAUGCUUCGCAUUGAGGUGAAAGAUGCAUCGUUUCAAGCGUAGAACAGGGUCAUUUUAGUCUGAAAAGCAUGGGUCCGUCUCUCAGUCUGUCUUCACACGUUUUAAAGUCAGAUUCUAUUUUUAUCCAGGCAAGUCACACAAUUCAAAGUAGACUACAAGACGCACCACUCACACAGUAAUAAACUGCAUUUUGUCCUUCCAAUGCAUAUAAGAGUAAAAUGGCUACAAAUAUGCUAUAUAUAUUUUGAGUAUCCAUCUCCAUGCAGAAAGAGAAUACGUUUUCAGAUAGUUUGAUAAAAAAAAAAAAAACAAAUCCUAACUGCAGCUAGAGUAUUACUGUACUUUGUGGAAUAUAGGGAGUAUGCCUAACAAGUGCCUACCAGAACAUGCAGCAACUAUACAGAAUAUUCAUAGUUUUUCUCUCCUGCGUUGCACAAAUACAGUAUAUACGCUAUUAAGAAUAUACUAUUUAUACUAGUACAGCUGAAAACCUAGUGCUUGUGAGUGCAGCAAAUGAGAACCCUUUAAAAAAAAAAAAUACCUGAAAUGUUUUAUUCAUAUACAGUAAAAGCUACAUCUGCGAGUUUUUGUUUCCUUCGUGUGUUAUGUUCAUACCAUCUGGAGGAUUUGAAGAUUUAAAACGCAGUCAUGCUCAUUUAAUUAAAUAGUAGUAGGGUUUGAUUUUAGCUCAAAAGCUCAGCUUAGUUAUUUCUCUCUUUUGUACGGAAGGCUGCUUAAUUUUUUUUCUUCUUCUUCUUCAGUUUACAGUAUUUGCCAUUUGCAAACAAGCCAUAUACUGGAAUGUACUGUACGAGUGGGGAGACCGGGCAGUGGUGCUAUGUGAGCAGCAGGGGGAGACACGGGAGCUGGACGGAGGAACGUUUACACACCUGCCCGUCACGGCGACAUGAAAUCCAGGUUUAAUCCCUGGAUAUUUCAUAUCUCCCUGUUGGUAAAUAAUGCCAUUUUGCAAGAUUAUAACAGCGUCUACGAGCACAGCAGUCGCUGCUUAAACUCGUACUUUCUUGUUAAUGAAUGUGAUGGUUUGCAAUCUGUUGGAGCUGGAAAGCUGCUUGUAGUCCUUUAGUUGGUUUCAAAGUCCAGAGCUUUGAUAACAAGGCACCUACACAUGCAAACCAAAGCCCAAGUUCCUCACAGGGAUCCUUUAGGUUUUAUUGUAACUUGCAGCCUUGUUUAUGUGUAACUGGGAGUUAUAAGGGCCUAGCAAUGAGCACUGUAGAUAAUUUAUAUAUAUUAAAAAAAAGAUAAUUUGUACUGUAUGCUUGAUUGGCACAAUUUUAGAAUUUGGAGAUGAGAAUUUUAAGGUUUUGGCUUUGGGUAAACACAUUUUUGCGUGCACAGCAGCCUCUUAACUGGCUCCGAUGAGCAACAUGAAAACAAAACUGAAAGAAAAAUAAAACACAAAUCAAGUUACAAAACUGAGCUUCUGCAAGAUGAAAAGGUUUUGGGAUGGCUUAUUAUUCUGUCCCCUGUGGACUAAUUACCCAGUUUUCUCUCCAACCUUCUCCAACUUGGUUGUCAUGCCAAUUUCCGGAAGGGGUGCACUUUUAAAUUGUACCAUUAUUCUUAAAUUAGAAGUGAGAAACGGGAACAGAAAAAAAAAGAAUUAAACAGAUUUAAAAUGAAAACUUUGUAUGAACCAAACGAGAAGCUCGUGAUUGCUUCCAUUUUAAAUCUUUAAAUCCUCCACAAUGCGUCUUUGUGAAGUAAAUAGGAGAAAACAGCUAUGAUUAAAGACACGGUUCAUAAUUUUUGAAGUGAACUUCUGCUGCAAAUUAAACACAAUAUCACACCUGCAUGAGAUUACUCCUGUAGGUCUUUGUUUAAUAGAAAUCCGGAUUAGUUUUUCCUGAAGUUAAAGCUAACGGCUGGUCAGAGUGGAUAAAAUUAUAUUUUAACUCCCUUAAAACUCCAAUUUUAAGAACAUUGUAAUGGUUUAUAAGACCAUUAAUAACACAGGAAUUGGGGACUGGAGGUGAUGCCCUGACAAUGUCUUCCUAUGUAAACAGAGAUACAUGAAAUGUAUCUGUUUUGAGUAACCAUUUGCUAUUAAGGUAAAUUUUAUUUUUUUUUUAUUGUUUGAGGGCAUAAGUGGAUGCUUUACUUUUUUGUCAGGCAGAGAACUAGAUUUUUUUUGUCUCAGUAUAUGUUUUACAAAGGAAGAAACAUUGCAUCCUCCUCCCAUCUCCCUUAUAAAUAACCAUUGGUUUCUUUGAAAAUAACCUCCCAAUCUGCAAACAUGAUGACUCCAUGAUAUAUUUGAGCUUUAAGAUAAUAAAAGUUCCCUUUGGUCUUGGCCCUUCUUGGUCUUGCCAUAAAAUUCAGCUUCCAGCUCCAGCUAAUCCGGAUUUAUUGUAAAUGAAGGCGCCAACGGAGUCACUGCAGGUUAGAUAUUAACUGUUUGUUACCAGAGCGUCACUCCAGCACUCUGAACUGUCCAUUUAACAAGAAACACACGUAGUUUCAUAGCAUAUAGGCAAUGUUAUAUAGGUAGUCCCUGUCAUCUAUCUAACCGUUACUUCUCAGAAACAGUGUCUGUUCAGGUUUUACAGAUAUCCAGAUUCUGUUUUGACUUUAAGCUUUACAAACACAGUGAAACAGCAGAUUAUAAAGUAUAAGACAGCGAUACUAAGCUAUAACUAAAUCUACUUUCUAUUCACUAUAUGAACAUGCAGUUAUUAGGCUACCCCUGUUUUCAUCAGACGUCGUCCUUCGAUGACCACGGUGGAUCACCCCUCUCCUUUAACAGAGCACAAACUCUUUUUCUUUUCUUCUUUUUUUUAAACUUUUCUUUGUCACAGUGAUUUGGGGACUCAGCUGUGUUUUAGCCUCUGAAGACUCGACUCUUGAGGCUUUUUUUUUUUUUUUUUUGUCUUUUCAGUCACUGUGGCCUUUUUAUGACUUAGUUCAGCUGGAUGAGACAAUUAAGUUUUGAAGUGUGCAGCAGCGUAACUAAAAACAUACAUUCCUGUCUUCAGUCCAGCACAUUCCAACUUCAAGUCUGGCAUUUGUUUCCCACUUUUAAACCACCUGAUAUCAAAUCAGCUCUUUAACGGCAAAUCUGUUCCAUACUCCCAAGAAUAUAGUUUCAAAUAACGCUUGAGUAAAAUUUGCAUUUCCCUUACUUUAAAAAAAAAAAAACACCAAAAAAAAAACAUCUGAUCCGUUAUUCAAAUUCUUCGUAAGAUCUCAUAACCUCUUAAGCUCUGAGCACAGCUUAUUCUUGUGCGGACUGGUUUUAUAGGCAGCACGCACUGUUCUAUUGCUCUGUUUCUCUUGGAUGUGUGGAUCACGUUUUUAUCGUGCAGACACACGAGUUUAAAGAAGAAAAAAAAAAAAAUCAACCCAAAAUACAAAUAGAGAAGUCGAGAUCUUUGACGUUGCUGCUGCUGUCUCAGCCAAUACGCCAGGCUUGGAUUAGAGAUUUCUAGCACGAUUCUGAAAGUUUGUGGUAAUUUGCAAAAUAUUAGGAGAUACUUAAAAAAAAAACUGUACAAUUUUCUGUUUUCACAAACCAAAGAAGGGUUAGGAUAACUUCAGUUUUUGAAGAAAUUCCUUUUUUUUUAUGUGAGUAGGGUUCCUGCAAUCAAGCUCGAUUGCUUAAGUUUUCUUUUAUGUUUUCUUAUAGUUUUUCUUCUCUUGGCAGGGUGCUUGUGAAACUGCGUGUACGCUUUGUCACUUGAUUGGUUGUUUAUAGUUUUGUGGAUUAUGUUAAUUGCCUAUCGUAGACCAAAAUAGACUAUCCUUUUUUGUUUUGUUUUGUUUUUUUUUAAAUGAGAAAUGCAACAAAACAUAAAAAAUGAAUCCGACACAGUAGCUGUGAUGUAAACUUAUGGCAUGUUGAAACAUGUAUCAGAUUGUAAAUGUUGCAUCGUUGCUCGGGCAAAACGUGAUUUUCAAUAACUGUUGGUUUUCUUCACACACACACACACACACACACACACACGCCCGCACACAUUUUGCAAACUAUUGUACACUUCUUUUCUUCUCCUUCAUAUGGGAUUACUUUAGAUUACUUUGUCCGAUUGUUUUUUUUAAUGUGUUUUCUGUGCUUUUGUAAUAAGAUUUCUUUUAAAAAGGCUGUCCCUAAAAUACUAAUCUGACAGUGUGGAUUAGAAUAGAUUCAACCAUUUAUACUUGAGAUGGACCAAGAUGUUAAUUUUGCACAUAUUAGUAGGUUGUUUAUUUAAGCCAAAAAAAAAAAAAAGAAGAAGUAAUCACUCACAUCUUUCAAUCUGAGCAGUUCAAAAAACCCAAAUUUAGUCAAGGUUAAAAAGAAAUCAUCACCUGACAAUAUGUGAACAAAAAAAAAAAAAAAGAACUACACUGAAACCAAAUUCAGCGAUGGAUUUAACCAUCACAAUGCAAUCCAAAUAUGUGAUUAGAUACCAUUUUUUUAUAACGAAUUUUUAUAAAAAAAUAAAUAAAUAACACACAUCGUCUGUGAGAUGAAUGUAAAAACAUUUGGGGAAUUUCGGUAUUUGACCACAGACAAUAAUUCAUCACUGUAAAAGUCUGCUGUAUGCUUCCUUAUCCUGUGGUUUCAAAAUAGGAACAUUCAAUUACUGUACUUCAUUUCGUGUUGUACACCUGGGCCGAAGAUUUCAACGACAAAAAGAAACAAACAUUUAUAAACCCUAAAUUUCAUGUUCCCAAAUAACAAAAAAAAAGCUUAAAUUGAUUUUCUUUUCACUUUUUUAUGAGGCUUUUUGCUGCCAUAUCAUGUAUGUAGAUGCUUUUGUAAACAUGCACUUAAGUUAAACUAUGAGAUGUGCAUUGAAAUAUAUGUAUAUUUUGUUUAGGCUCUUUUUUUUUUUUUUUGCGUGAUAUAUCAUUAUUUCCCUACAAAUUCUUUCUCGGAUACAAUUCUGAACUUGGCAGAAGUGGAGCUGUUGUAGUAAAGGUAGUUUAACAUCGAAAACUAAGCAACCCUGAAAUAUAUGCUGCAGUAAUGUGUUUUAACUUUGUCUUUUCUUUUUUUUUCUUUUUUUGAUAAUUUAUGCUCCAAGUUGGUUUGUAUUUUAUUAUUAUUAUUAUAUUAUUAUUGAUGUUAUGAAACAAGCUUGUUUGAAAUGUGUUGACUGCUGUUGAAAUAGGAGAUAAAGUUUUUUUUUUUUGUUUUGUUUUUUUUUUUUUUGGUUUUUUUAAAUGUAUGUUCAAGGACGUUUUUAUAUGAUUUGUCAAACACUGGACUGGAGUGAAUUUUCCAACAUUUCCAAGCUGAGAGAUGUAUUUGACAGACUUAACUGCACAGAUAACACCCGCGAGCGUAGAUUUGAGCCGUCAGACCAAGCUCUUCCUCCCAGCUUCGUGUGUGGGAGCACGAAUGACAUGAUCCUUAAAAACAAACAAAAAAAAAAACCCAGGAUCAUAAAAGAUGUUGAGUUAGUGCUGGUUAGUUGAUGGGUAUAUAAAAAAAAAAAACAGGAAAUAUUUCCAAAUUGUUGCAUGGUAAAGACUGGUGACCGGUUUUUGUUCUGUUUUUUCUGAAAAAAAAAAACAAAGAAAAGAGUCCUCUUUUAGAUUUUCAGAGAAAAACAUAUAAAGGGACGCCACUUCGCACCCAAGCAGUUUUCGCAUUCAUCUGACCGGUUCCCUCUACGGUAAAGCAGAUUGUGAAUCAUCAGACCAAACACCACUUUUCAAACCAGAAAAGAGAUUUGCACUAGACUGAUUAUUUUUGGUCUUCUUCUAUCUAAAAGCAAUAUAACGAACUCCACACGUUUUUAACCAUAGCAACCGUACGGUUGCCACUGUCCCUACGGUGCGAAUGCUGAUAUUUGACCAUUUUCUUUUUAUAUUUGUAGGUACAGAACGUGUCACCCUUUGAAGUGCGCAUCCACAUCUUGUUUGUAGCAGAGUUUUUGCCUUUUGUCCCCCAUAAUUUUUAAUUUUUCUUUUUAGUUUUCUUGCCUGCCCUCCACCCCCUGAGUAUUAUUGUCCAGAAUCAAGUGGCAUUAAAACUGUUGUUUCCUCCUGCGAACGAUUUUGGACAAAAUACGCAGCAUUUACACAUAAGAAGCGGGAUUCAGGAUGUCAAAAGGAAAAGAAAUAAUUCAUGAGUCAGUGUCAUUUGUCUGCAUCACACAGCCUGCCACAUGUUUGAAGAGAAACAAACAAACAAACAAAAAGAAAGAAAGAAAAUGCCAAAAGAUAAAACCCAGCUAUACCCACCGUAGUGCACAUUUAAAACACUGGUCACAGAGCUCUCUGCAUAUUUGGUCACUUUGACUGCUAUUUUUUACAAAAAUGUAAAAAAUAAAAAUUGCUUUAAUUAAAUAAUUAAAAAUCCAAAAAGUGCUUCUGUAAACACACCGUUAUUGGCUCCUCGUCCAGAGAGUCUUUGUCUACCAAACUGUACCAUAACGUCAUCCUUUUUCAAUGAGGUCAUUGACAGCAGCCACAACUUUUCAGAUAUGGUUUCGUUGACGAAUACAUGUACAUUUCUGGAAAAGAAAAAAAAAAAAAAAAUCACACAGCAAAACUUUGCCUCUUUUUUUAAAAUUUUAUUUAUUUAUCUGGAUGUAGUGGCUUUCCUGUUUUUUCCUCUGCUUCGUGGUGUUGUUGAAAGAUGUUUGCGGUUUUGUCUAAAUCUGCGUGUUAGAGGAAGCAUAAGUAUGUGCCUUUCUUGUAAUCUCCUUGGUGAGUUUGUUUAUUAUUGAAAAGCUGAAGCCAGCCAAUUGUGUUUGCACUACAAACCAAAUUGCUUUUUUUUUUUUUUUUUUUAUUUGUGAUGUA